CGUUUCUUGUCAGAUCAAAUAACCGCCAGUACCCGAAUGUAUGUGUUAUUUACCAAAACACACUUUUUCUUCUACCUUCAAUUGAGUUGUAACGCAAGCCGCUCACCGUAAUCUCAGAGGUUAAAUUUGCCCAAGAUGUCUGAAGAUAAACCACUUCCCUUUGUAUACACCUUUGCCGCAGGUGCUAUUGCUGGCAUAUCGGAGAUUCUGACCAUGUACCCUCUGGAUGUUGUGAAAACCCGAGUGCAACUCCAAACCGGCAAGGGAACUGGCGCAGACUCGUACACUGGCAUGGUAGACUGCUUCCAAAAGAUCGUUCGCAAUGAAGGAUUCUCGAGGUUAUACAGAGGUAUCACAGCCCCCAUUCUGAUGGAAGCUCCGAAGCGUGCCACCAAGUUUGCUGCCAACGAUGAAUGGGGCAAGUUCUACCGCAAAGCCUUCGGUGUUGACAAGAUGAACCAAUCACUAUCGAUUUUAACGGGUGCCUCGGCCGGUGCCACCGAGUCUUUCGUUGUUGUACCUUUCGAGUUGGUCAAGAUCAGACUACAAGACAAGGCUUCUGCGGGUAAAUAUACUGGUAUGAUCGAUGUAGUCGCCAAGACUAUCAAGAACGAGGGUGUCUUGGCCAUGUACAAUGGUCUAGAGAGUACUAUGUGGCGUCACAUACUAUGGAAUGCGGGAUACUUCGGUUGUAUCUUCCAGGUUAAAGAACUUCUACCCAAGGCCGAGACCAAGAAGGGUGAGAUCCUCAAUGGACUAGUCUCCGGAGGAAUUGGUGGUACUGUCGGUACGAUCAUCAACACGCCAAUGGAUGUCGUCAAGUCGCGUAUCCAAAAUAGCCCCAAGAUUCCCGGACAGACCCCGAAGUAUAACUGGGCUUGGGGUGCUUGCGCCACUGUGAUGAAGGAGGAGGGCUUUGGUGCCCUGUACAAGGGUUUCCUACCCAAAGUCCUAAGACUCGGACCAGGAGGAGGUAUCCUUCUAGUUGUUUUCACUAGCGUUAUGGAUUUCUUCCGCUCCAUUAACUAAAUAUAGAACCCCGGAAUAGUUUCGAUGCUCUACCAGGAAUAGCUAGGCAUUGUCACCCCUCUGUUUGAUUAGCGACUUGCAUAUUGGCAGCAAUACAUGUGUCUAUAGAUAGCAGACAAGAUACCUAGCACACGUCUUCCCCAGAAUUUAGAUCAUCACUAUACUUUUCUAC